AUGCCGACGCUGAGCGCGCCCUGCGCAAUCACUGUCGUCGACUUCUCCCAGGAGAGUCUAUCCCUUCAAAGGCUCGACAACGAGACACUGCCGACGUUUCUGAGCAGGCCGCAUCCUGACUGGGCCAAAUGCCGUUGGAUCAACGUAAAUGGCCUGAGCUGGGACGUCAUUAAGGCUCUGGGCCGGCAUAAAAACCUACACCGGCUGGCAAUCGAGGACAUUAUGAACACUAGGAACAGGACAAAGGCAGAAUGGUUUCCCACACACGCCUUUAUCGUCCUGACACUUCAAAAACUCGUCCAUCUCUACGAACCAGAGAGCGACGACAGCGACCCCGAAUCGGAAGAGGAGUCCAGAAGCCAGAAAAGCGUGUCGAGCAAGCGCGGCACUAAAUCACCUCGCCGGCUGUUCAGACGCUUGAGGAGGGCGCUGCGAGGACGGCCUGCCGAUGAGGCAGAGAGACGCCCACGUAAAGAAAAGAUGCCAAGUCUCCGGGACGCGGGGGGCUAUCCUUGGUCGCCACCCACCGGCUUCUCCGACUUGCCGGACAUCAGCCAGCUGCGCACCCUGCAGCGCUACCAUACCUCGCCAAACGACCCAAGAACGCAGUACAUGGAGAAACACUCCGCCUUGUCCACCAGAAACUUGGCAGUAGCCUGCGAACAAGUAUCCAUAUUUCUCACCAACGACAAUUGUAUCAUCAGUUUUUUCGAGCAAUCAGCGCAGGAUAUCGAGGGGCCCAUAAUUCGGCGCCUACAAACCAACGACACCAUCAUCAGGCAAUCAUGCGACGCCUCCAUGGUCGGACAGGCCAUCAUGGACGGGAUUAUUGACUUGGCGAUUCCGGUCGCUGCCUGCUACGGUGAUGUGAUCAGCGACCUCGAACUCGAUGUCCUGACUCGACCCAACAUCGGGCAUACCAAGAGUCUCUACAUUCUCAUAUCCGAGAUCAACAAGAUCCUGUCCUUCAUCAAUCCAAUCACGACGCUGAUCAAUGCGCUGCGUGACCACGAAGCCAAGUUGGCGCCAGACGUAGUCAUGUCACACCUGUUGGACCCAAGCCACGGUGUCAUCAUCACGCCUAUGACCAACACCUACCUGGGGGAUGUGCUUGAUCAUUGUCUCCUGAUUACCGAGACACUUAACCAGCUAAAGGGCUCGGCCGACGGCAUGAUCGGGCUCAUUUUCAACACGAUAUCCGCCAAUCAGAACGAGUCGAUGAAGCAGCUCACCAUAGCGACCAUCAUCUUCCUCCCUCUGACCUUCUUGACUGGCUAUUUCGGACAGAACUUCGAGCCUUUCAAUGUCCUGAAAGAGGAUAUUGGCUACUUGUAA